CAGCGUCGUAUGUUUAUUGACACGGGAUAUUCUGUCGAAGUUUAUUUCGUAUUUGUGUAUAAAAUAAACAUGGAAAAUAAGUAAAAUUAGCCAUUGUCGUUUUGUUUGAUAAUAAUUCUCAUUACAACGCGUCAUUUUAUUUAUGACGAGUGAAAUGGAGUCUGUAGUUGCAAAAACAAACAAACAAUCAGUGAGCAAUACAAGUUUUGUCGAUCGAGAACAAUUUGAUGCAGAGUUACAAAAGUACUACAGUGGGCUAAGCGCAGAAAAUAAAAAAACUGAGUGGACGAGUGAAAAAAUCCAAAAUGUUAUACAAAUGUUAGAAGAACACAAUAUUGCUAAAACUUUAGGUAAGCGAUCAUCAGACAAGCAAUAUUAUCACGCAAGAAAAUAUGAUACAAUUAACAUUGGUGACGAAAAAGUUUUAAUAUUAAAGAGAAAAUCACAUACUGAUCCAACGGUACGGAUUGUUCCUAGCUCUGAAUUCUACCAGCUAAUAUAUGAAGCCCACGUUGAAACGGGUCAUGGACGGCGUGACAAAAUUAUUUCUGCCCUGAAAGAUAAGUAUGUAGUACCAAUAUGGGCGAUAAAUAUAUUUCUUAAGCUGUGUAAAACAUGUAUUGCGAAGAAAAGUCUUCCCAAGCGUGGAACAGUCGUAAAACCGACUUCUGACGACUUUGACAGGAGAGGACACGUCGACCUCGUAGAUUUCCAAUCCUCGCCUGAUAAUGAUUAUAAAUGGCUUCUGCAAUACCAAGACCAUUUGACGAAAUUUUGCUUUCUGCGACCUUUAAAAAGCAAAGAAGCGAAAGAAGUAGCGAUUGAGAUACUCAAAAUAUUUUUGGAAGUCGGCUGCCCAAAUAUCCUCCAGAGUAAUAAGCGUGAGUUCACAGCUGAGGUGUUAAAAGAAAUUGUAAGCUUAUGGCCUUCGUGUAAAAUUCUUAAUGGGAGACCAAGCAAAGGAAAUAUAGAACGGAGACAGGACGUGAAAAGUAUGAUACAAUCAUGGAUGGUAGAUCACAAUUCUACAAACUGGUCGAUAGGGUGUUACUUUGCUCAAUUUCAGAAAAAUACAUCAUUUCAUCCAACUAUUCAGAGAACACCGUUUAGAGCCUUGUUUGGGGAUGACCCGAGAUUAGGUCUAACUUCUACUAAUUUACCUAAAAACGUGAUAACUAAACUUGAAACUGAACAGGAUCUAGAGAGAUUUUUAGAAGGCGCUAAUAAAGAAAACGACAAUUUACAUUAUCUUGAUACACUUAAGGCUGUAAAACAAGAAGAAAUUGCCGAAGACGAUAAUGAGAUACAAAUUCCAUCAAGCAACUUAAAUAUACCAACAACAGUUAAUGACAUUCAUCCAGAGAUUCUCAACAUUGAGUCUGAAAAUACACCCAUCUCCAGCGACAACCAUUUAGACCAAGCCAUAGUUUCUAAUCAUGACACACUUAAUACUGAAGAAAUAACAGAAUCAAACACUAAUAUAAACAUAAAUGACAAAGAAGAAAUACCGGUUGUCAAUGAAAUCACUUCUGCAAACAACAGAGAUAUAAUUUCUACUGAAAUAGAAAACACAAGUAUUUUAUGUCAUAUUUGUAAUCUAGAAACAACGGGAGCGAUUACAUGUCAAAAUUGUAAUAGCAUGAUACAUAUAAUGUGUGGAGUAUCGAGCGAAGAUGAAGGUAGCAGUCAACUGAUCUGCAAUUUGUGUGCAAAUGAAUAUAGCGUUUCGAGAGAGAGACAGCAACAUUUGAAAAGAGCCGGAGACAGAAUAGCUUUGUCGUCUAAGAAAUUUAAAGAUAUGGGAACUACAGUGCUUGUCGAAGAGCCUGAAACAGACAGAGGGGCUCUGAACAGCAAAAAUAUAGAAAAAACAAAUGAACUGUUUAGAGUUGGCACUCCAUUUGGAAUUAGUGACGGCAUUCCAAACGCUGACCUUUCUUCAGAAAAUACGAUUAUCUCUGAUGAUAUUUCACAGCAUCCCAGCAAGGGAAGAAUUCUAUCAGAAAAUGAAAUGAUGGGUUUAAUAGCCUUAAUAGAGGACAGCAAAAUCAUUACGGACAAAAACACAGAUGCCACUACAAAUUUAUUGAAAGCUAAGGAAUGGCAGCAUAUAACACAUGUCUUUAACUCUAAGUAUGGAUUUGGUUCGCGGACGCCGCAUCAGUUGAGAUUAAAAUGGGAUAAUUUGAAAAAGAGCUCUAGGAAGCGGACUGCUGAAAUACGGAUGUUGUGUCAUAAGAACGGUGGCGAGCUGCCAGCAGACUAUCCUUCUAAUGAUAUCUUAGACCGAGUGGCAGCUAUUCUAGGCAAUCCAGUUGAUAUUACAGCUUUGCGAUCCAAAAUAAAAGAAGAACAACAAUCAGAUGACGAAUUUUUGGAAACAGAACAAGACACAACUCAAAAUGAAAAUGGAACUAUCAAAAUAGGAACAGACACAAUAGAAAUAGAAAAUGGAACAGAAACACAAAAUAAUAGACCAGUAAAAUUUGGAAGAACUACAAAUAAUAUGAAUAGUAGACAGAAUGCUAUAGCCCAAUUUUAUAUGACAAAGCGACACUUAGCGCGUAGCAAGGCACAAAAUAUAAAAUUAGAGAGUGAAAAAAUAUGUCUAGAACAUGAAAAAUUAAGAUUGGAAAAUGAAAAGAUUUUGUUGGAACACGAAAAGAUAAGAUUAGAAAAUGAAAAGAUACUUUUAGAACACGAAAAUUUGAGACUACAAAAUGUGAAAUUACAGUUGGAAAUUAGCAAAUUGAGGGGAUUAGAAGAUGAAAAUUAGUGUAUGAGUUCUCAAAUAAGGAGAUCAGCCAGCUGCGCAGGACAUAUUAUAGUUUGGGCACAUUUGCUUGGACUGCGGUGCACUCACUAUUCCUUCACUCUCAUAGCGCGAUGGGACGACAAUCCGACACCACCGGAGAGAGAUCACAAGCAGGACAGUAACGUGAUCUCCGAUGCACGGGUGUAUCAAUCACCAACUUACAGAGUUCGGGCUGCUUUGUGGAAGUUUCUUUAAUUUUCAAAGGGGUGAAGAGCAGUAGGUAUUCGACUACUAGACCAUUUUUUUUUGUUAAGAUAAUAAGUGUGUUAAGUUCCUAUGGACAUAAUUCAGUGAGAAAAUAAAGAUU